AUGUCAGAAAACAAGCUAUCGUUGGAUGUAAAACGUGCUAAGAACGGACAGAUCCCUAUAAGUGACCUCGAAUUGGCUGUUAAACGUGUUAAGAGAGUAAAACGCUGUGAAAAGAAGAACAAACCUGUGGUAGCAUGCCAGACGUGUCGUAAGAAGCACUUGAAGUGUCCGGGAGGCGAGCCCUGCGAGCGUUGUAGUAAUAGUGGAGCCAAUUGUGAGUAUGUAGAACCAUCUAAGAAGAUCAUGGUGUCAGUGAAGUAUUUGUCUGAGCUGCAAGAAUCUAUCCAGGAGUUGAAACGAGAAAACGAGAGGUUAAAGGCUAAGAAAGGUGGCAUUUUGCCCUUGUUAGAUUCUGAAGAACACAAGAAACAUUCAGAUGCAGCUUUGUCGUAUGCUGAGGAUGAUGAAAAUGACGAUAAUAACAAUGAUAAUAUAGGUGAUUCUGCAGACGAUGAAAUCGCAUCUACAUUUGCACCAAGAACUGGUAGGAUCGUCGAGUUAUCAUUAGGGCAAGCAUUGUUUAUAGGUUCAUCGUCAAUGACUCUAUUUGGGUUGGAGAUUCAAUCGUUGAUUUCAACAUAUGUAACAAAUAAACAGUUUAAACCAAUGCCAAUGUUGAAAAGGGACAUUAUUACUUUACGACCAUCGACUCUGUACAGAGCAAUAAGCGGUACUCCUAAUAGUGUGAAACAUAUCAGAAAACUUGGAGCUUUGCAUUACAAAGUUACUUUUAAUUCAUCGGAAUUCUAUCACGCACCUCCAUCUUUAGAUUUGACCAUGCCUAGUCAUCCAUACGCGAUAAUGCUCAUAGAUAAAUUUAUAUCUUAUAAUGGUGGGUGCUUCUAUUUCUUUAAUGAAGGAAUGGUUCGUCAUGGAAUUGAGAUCGUUUACUCCGGGAAAACUAAUAGAAAACUUUACAAUAAUGCUACUUUACAAUUAAUAUGGCAUUGUAAGGUGUUUUUAAUAUUUGCUAUUGGGGAAGUAUAUAAUCGUACUGGACAGGAGACGCCAAAGGAUACAGAUGAUUCAAUGUUACCAGGUGCCAGGUGGUUUCUGCAGGCAUCAAAAAUUUUUAAUGUUGUUUUCUCGGGGGAACAUCUACAGUUAUUAACAAAAGAAGGUGGUAUUGAAAUUCUAUUGUUAUAUGCUUUUUAUUUACAAGUAGCUGAUAAUACUGUGCUGGCGUAUUUUUAUUUUGGUCAGGCUCUAAGAACAUGUUUGGUCAUCGGAAUGCAUGUCGAUUCACAAAGCGACACAUUGCCGAGGUUUCAAGUAGAACAUCAACGCCGUCUAUGGUGGACUGUGUACAUGUUUGAACGUAUGUUAAGUAGUAAGGCUGGUUUACCAUUAAGCUUUACAGAUUAUUCUAUCUCGACGGAAUUACCGGCAGAUUUUGACAUAUCUAACCCUCCAAAACAAUAUCGUCAUUAUACUUUCCCCGAGGCUGAAUGCCUAUCUAACUGUGUUAAGAUUGUACAGAUUAACGGAUAUAUAUUGGGACAAUUAUAUCAGAGACAACCAAAGGAUAACGUACUACCAAUAUUACGUAAUAUUAUUAAACAAUUGUUUCAAUGGAAAGCAAAUUUAUCUGUUCGAUGCCAAGUAGACUUUUCAGAUACAAAAUUAAAGGUAACGAGACAAUUAACGAACUUAUUUACAGAAUAUUUCCAAGGGAUCAACUUGGCAAUCAGACCUUUAUUAUUUCAUUUUGUAUCGAUUCAAUUGAAGACAUUCAAGGAUAAUAACACGUACUUGAAUCUACAAGACUAUUCAGACUCAACAACAAUGCUCUUAAAUUGUUCAUUACAGGCCUCAGUAAAUACAAUUAGAUCAUUCUGGGAGUUGAUGGUGCCAGAUGUGAUAGCUAUGUUCGGAUAUAUGGAUCGGGAAUAUCUAUUUACAUCAUCAUGCACUUUGCUAUUAUUUACGACAACAUUCGGUAUUCAUGAACAAACAUAUGAACAUUUGGAUCAUGCUUUGACUAUGUUUAAUAAGAUGAUCAGUCUUGGAAACAAUGCGGCAGAAUUGAGAAGAGCUCAAUUAUUGACAUUAAUGAUUAAUUUAGAUUUCCAUAACCUUUUAAAAGGAUUGAUAUUGAAACAUACAGAUAACGAUACAUCUACUUCACCCGAGACCAAUACUAAUAACAUCAAUGAACCUAAGGGAAACACAAAUCCUGUAAUUAACACCCCUGUCAACGAUACUAAAAAUACUACGACAUCUACCACUGCUGCAACAACAGUUGCAUCUCCUGAUAUUUUAAAUCAUGAACCUAUGUCUACACUUGACGACUUAAUUAAUGCAUCAAUGGCUCAAUCAUAUAAUGCCCCUCUGACGAUACAAGGGACGCGUAUCAUUGAAACAAAUACAAAUCAACUAGAUUCAACGACAGCUAUCAAUAUGGAUGAUGUUGAGCAUUUGUUAGACGAUAUGUUAAAAUCUAACCAGACAGAUAACAAGUUAUGGAAAGAUAUUACAGACCAAGCCAUGUGGCUAGGCAACACUUUGGAACCGUCGGGUUCCAAUACAGCAGAUCCUGAUCUAGGGACAUUUCCAUUAGAUGAAUAA